AUGACGAAAGCCAAGGGUAUAAAACCGCUCUCCUCCCAGCGCCAGGUCACUUCCAACCAAUCUGGGAAGACAGAAUAUCUUCUGUUCCGAGUGUACAUCACAGGCAGCACCACCCAGCCCUCGACCCCACCACCCUGCUCCACCCACGGGGCGUUCCAGCUGCCGGGCUUCCAGGCUGCUGGAGACUUGAUGAUCGGGGGGAUUUUCCCCCUCCACUACCGGGUGGAGCUGCCCAUCACAAACUACACCUCCGUGCCCCAGAAGGCCCAGUGCCAUGGGUUUGACCCCAGAGCGUUCCGCUGGGCUCAGACCCUGAGGCUGGCCGUGGAGCAGAUCAACCAGAACCAGGAGUUUCUGCCCAACCACACUCUGGGGUACAAGAUCUUCGACUCGUGUUCCACGCCCAACACGGCCCUCAGGGCGGCUCUAUCUUCGCUGAACGGACCAGGGGAGGAGAACAGCCCCCUGUGUUCUGGUACCGGACGUCUGCUGGCGCUGGUCGGGGAGUCUGGUUCUUCACAGUCCAUCGUCGUGUCCAGAACUCUGCAGCCGUUCAGAAUCCCCAUGAUAAGCUACUUCUCCACCUGCUCCUGCCUCAGCAAUAGGAAGGAGUUCCCAAACUUCUUCCGCAUGGUUCCCAACGACGACUACCAGGUGAAGGCCCUGGUUCGCCUGCUGCAGCACUUCGGCUGGCGGUGGAUCGGGGUGGUCCUGGAGGACCACGACUACGGGCGCUUCGCCCUGCAGGGCCUGCGGAGGGAGAUCCAGGGCACUGACGUCUGCCUGGCCUACAGCGAGAUGAUCCCCAAAGAUUACAGCCGUGAGCGGGUGCUGCAGAUCCUGGAGGUGAUGCGGACCUCCUCGGCACGUGUAGUGGUGGUGUUCUCGGUCGAGGGGGAGUUGUACCCCUUCCUACAGGAGUUUGAGAAGCAGAAGAUCCUGGGGCUCCAGUGGGUGGCCAGCGAGGCGUGGGUCAGCGCCAAGGUUCUGGCGGAGUCCUUCCCCUUCCUGGAUGGAACGGUGGGCUUUGCGCUCCGCGAGGGGAAGGUCCCAGGGCUUGGGGAGUUUGUGCGGAAGGUGAACCCCCAGACCCCUCUGCCCCCCUCCACUGCCCCUCUGCCCCUCUGCACAGGUAAGGAGGUUCUCCUGGAGCAACAGUCUGCCUACAUGGACUUUUCUGGGCCCAGAGUGUCGUAUAACGUGUACAAGGCUGUGUAUGCCAUCGCCCACUCUCUCCACAACCUCCUCAGCUGCCAGCCUGGUGCAGGGCCCUUCCUCAACCAGUCCUGUGCUCUCAGCAGCAACAUUCACCCCUGGCAGCUUCAGCACUAUCUCCAGGAAGUGUCCUUUAAUGCAUCUGGAGAGGAGGUGAACUUUGACCUGAAAGGAGGCUCCAUCCCCUCCUAUGACCUGAUGAACUGGCAGAGGAACCCUGAUGGAAACCCCCAGUUUGUGAAGGUCGGCCUGUUUGACGGAACAAAGGAUUCUGGGAAGGAGCUGGUGAUCCAGGAGGAGGCAAUAGCAGUGGUGUCUGUGUGCAGCUCCAGCUGUGCUCCAGGAUCCAGGAAGGCUGUCCGUCAUGGGGAGCCACUGUGCUGCUUUGACUGUGUACCAUGUGACAGCGCCAAGAUCAGUAAUCAGACAGAUUCUAUAGAGUGCACUGUUUGUCCUGAGGACUUCUGGUCGAACGACGAUGGCACCAGGUGCAUCCCCAAGACAGUGGAGUUCCUGUCCCAUGACGCCAUGGGCUUGUCUCUGACGGUGAUCGCCGUAGUGGGAGCCUGUCUGACCAUAGCUGUCCUGGGGGUCUUCCUCCACAACAGGAACACCCCCAUCGUCCGUAUCAACAACUCAGAGCUGAGUUUCUUCAUCCUGAUCUCCCUGACUCUCUGCUUCCUGUGUGCGCUGGUCUUUGUGGGGGAGCCCACUUCCUGGUCCUGCAUGCUGCGUCACACGGCCUUCAGCAUCACCUUCUCCCUCUGCAUCUCCUGCAUCCUGGGCAAGACCCUGGUGGUCCUGGCUGCCUUCACCUCCACCAGGCCCGGGAACAACAUCAUGAGGUGGCUGGGGCCCAGGCAGCAGAGGGUCAUCAUCUUCAGCUGCACCCUGGUCCAGGUGGUCAUCUGUACAGCCUGGCUCACAGACGCCCCUCCCUUCCCCUCCAGGAACUCCCAGUACCAAAGCUCCAAGAUCAUUCUAGAAUGCAGCGUGGGCUCCAGCCUGGCGUUCUGGUGCGUUCUGGGAUACAUCAGCCUCCUGGCCUGCCUGUGCUUCGUCUUGGCCUUCCUGGCCCGCAAGCUGCCCGGCAACUUCAACGAGGCCAAGUUCAUCACCUUCAGCAUGCUGAUCUUCUGCGCCGUGUGGGUGUCGUUCAUUCCGGCGUACGUCAGCUCUCCCGGGAAGUACGCCGACGCAGUGGAGACCUUUGCCAUCCUGGCCUCCAGUUACGGCCUGCUCUUCUGCCUGUUCGCUCCCAAGUGUUUCAUCAUCCUCCUGAGGCCUGAGCAGAACACCAAACAGCAUCUCAUGGGGAAGAAAUAA